AACAUAAUUUUUAAAGGAUGUGACUAAAAGGGCAUAAAAUACACGAACGUGAUUGGUUGAAGUGCUGUAGUUUGAUUGGUUUGCGUUGACAACGUGGGCGUGGUUAGACGUCAAUGUUUAUGUAGCCCACUGUCCGUGUAUGUAACCGCACCAAGGACUCUGCAAUGUGAUUACCUGACAUUGGUUUGUUUUCAUUUCGUUUUACGCGCUGUCUUCGUCACAUUAUGCACCAGCCUUUGACAUGGGGAACUACUAGCAGGUGAAACACGGAGGAAACCGAGGAAAACGCCGGGAUGGCAGGCGCCUUUGGCUUCAAAGGCUGCCAGAAAAUUCGAGGUCCGCAGCUUAGAAAUCUGCUGGAGGCGAAGGACUUCAUCCUGUUCGACUGCGACGGGGUCAUAUGGCACGGAGAGAAGGCGAUCACUGGCGCGGCUAAGGUGGUGAACUCACUGAUCCGGCACGGUAAAAACGUAGUGUUCGUCACCAACAACUGCACCAGGCCCCGGGAGAAUUAUGUGCACAAGUUCUGCCGGCUGGGCUUCACCGACGUGAUGCUGGAGCAAAUCUUCAGCUCGUCGUACUGCUCGGCUCUCUAUCUGAGAGACGUCGUCAAGAUCUGCGGCCAGGUGUUUGUCAUCGGCUGCGACGGACUGCGCAAUGAGCUGCAGGAGGCGGGCAUCCCCUGCGUGGAGGAGGCGGACGCACCGGACGCCACCAUAUACAACUGCGCCCUGGCUCCGGACGUGAAGGCAGUGCUGGUGGGACAUGAUGAUAAACUGACAUUUCUCAAACUGGCCAAAGCUUCGUGCUACCUGAGGGACCCGGACUGUCUGUUCCUGGCCACCGACAACGACCCCUGGCACCCUCUGUCAGGUGGAAGGAUACUGCCAGGUUCUGGGUCCCUCACUGCAGCCCUAGAGGUGGCCUCAGGUCGCAAGGCUACUGUGAUUGGAAAGCCCAGCCGCUUCAUGUUCGAGUGCAUAUCCAGUCAGUUCAGGGGUGUGGACCCCGCCCAGUGCCUGAUGAUUGGGGACCGCCUCGAGGUAGACAUGCUGUUUGGGUCCAACUGCGGCCUCGACACCAUGCUCACUCUCACCGGUGUGUCUCAGAUUGAGGAGGCCCAGGAAUACAGGAAUAGUGAGCUGACCACCAACCACAGCUUGGUCCCCGACUACGUGGUGGACACCAUCGCUGAUUUCUUACCAGCUUUUGAGGAACUGGACGAACAGAGCAAUUGAUGAGUCCUUUCGCCUCCUGGCACAUAUUGCUUCUACUACAUUUUAAGUGCAAUGUUUUAGUCUGGCGUUUGCAAAAAAAAACCCACAAUUGUCAAAAACUAUAAAUGCUCCUCAAUAACAAGGCACUAUUUAUUGUGACCAAGACAGAAUAUUCUCCCUAAAAUAAUCAGAGUAAUCCAGUGCAUACCUCAGUGUUUCUUCUAGUGUUGUGUCCAUUUGUGACUUGACAGUUCCUCAUUGCUGUAAGUGUUUAUAUUAAUAUCUAUAUACUGCACUUUGUUCAUGAAGUUCAUAGGUCGUGUUUGAUAUUGGGUUUUGAACAUCAAGAGGUAUUUUUGUAAAGCCAUCAUUGUUCUGUAAUAGUUUGUGUUUAGGAGCUUCUUUUUUUCCUUGCCAAGAGGCACAUAUGUACUCAACUAAUGCAGAAUUGUUUUCCCAUGUGUGUUUGCCUGCGUGUGACUUCUCCUCAUUUAAUUUAUGGCAAAAGGAGAAAAUGAAAACUGUGUGAGCUUCUCUGAGCUCUGGUAGAGACUAAGAUGACAAUCUGCCAGUCAGACAGGUGAAUUUUAUAUUCACGUUUGGCCUUUCUGUCACGUCUGUAUGACUUUGUGCCAAUAUUCAUUAUAUAAACUGCUUGCUGAAUCUCAUAGUUAGAAAAUCAGUGACAUAUUAAUGGUGGCCUCUGCACUGUUGUGAAAUUUAAAUGUUGUUAAUGUUUACCAUAUAGAGCAUGCCAGCAAAGGUAACAACAAUAAAUACAUAAACUUAA